UCCGGUACCCGUGUUCAUUAUCGUGUGUAUGACUGAUCAUGGCGGAGGAAGCGGAGAAGCUGCAGCGUCAUUUGGACCUGCUGCGACAGGAGUACGUUAAACUGCAGAAUCGCCUCGCUGAAGUAGAGCAGAAGUACAAUGUUGCCACGGCAGCAAACAGUGGCGGAGGCAAAGGAGAAGAGGGCAAUUUUGUGUCAAGGCUCCUGGCAACCGUUGCUGACUUGUUUGACAAGGAGCUGUACAGUGAUCUGGUCGUGAGGUUGGCGGGUCGAGAGGUCAAAGCUCACAAGUUUGUCCUUGCUGCCCGAAGUGACCACUGGGGAGUACCCAACUUGGCCGAUGUACAGAGCAUUGAUUUUACAGACAUUGGGCUUGAGGUGGGCAUGGACUUGCUGAAGUGGGUCUACACUGACGUUAUCUCGCUGAGGCAAGACGACACGUUUGUUCUGGACCUCCUUCGAGCGGCUAGCAAGUUCAAACUGGUGCCCUUACAGGAUAGAUGCGAGAAGACACUGAUGUCAUCUGUCAACGUACGGAACUGCAUCCGCUACUACCAGGUGGCAGAGGAGAUCGGUGCCAUGCAGCUCAAGGGCUACUGCUCAGAACUCAUCUCAAGUCAUUGGAAUGAUUUCACGAGCGAGGACUUUGGCAACAUGGCCGCCCCUCUCCUGUACAAGAUGUUCAAGACCAAGGCACCGUUCCCUCUCCAUACUGCCGUCAGGAAUAGGAGAGAAGACAUCGUCUUUCUCUUCCUCAUGGAGUAUGAUGCCCAGUUGCCAGGGAAACUGAACGAGGUGGACGACAGGGGCGACCUCCCGCUGGACUUGGCUCUGUCCUCGAAGCAAGAGAGUAUCGCCAGUGAACUGGUCAAGCACAGAGUGGACGUGGACAGAGCUGAUCGACAGGGUCAUUGUCUGCUGCACAAAGCCAUCAAGAGAGUGGAUGAAUUCUCUGCCAACUUCCUGAUCAAGUCCAGUGCCAAUGUCAACGCUGCUACCCAGGGGGACAGGGAGACGCCCCUUCACAUGGUGGCUGGUUUCAACCCCAUUGUGACCGACGAUGCCCAGUUGGAGGGCAUGGUCAGGGUAGCGGAGCAGAUACUGCAGGGCGGGGCCAACCCGAAUGCUCAGGAUAGUAAGGGAAAUACCCCCAUUCACAUUGCAAUAGGAAGUGGAAAUACAGCUGUAUUUGAUCAACUCUUAGUCCACAAAUUGAUCAACUUUGACCUGCUGAAUAACGAUGGAGAUUCCGCCCUGUGGUGGGCCCUGGAUAACACUGCCACUAGCACCAGUUACAACGAAGACAGUCUCGCUGCCAAGCUCAUUAGGAGAGGGUGCAGUCCUGAUGCCAUCAACCCACAGACAGGUGAUACUCUGAUGCACAGAGCAGCCAGAGCAGGAAACGAGCAGGGCGCACUCUUCCUAGCUACUCAUGGUGCUUCGCCAAAUCUUGCCAAUUUCAAGGGAGAGACACCACUCCACGCCGCUGCCAGCUUCGGCCUGGCCCAGCUGUCCGGUCUCCUCCUCCAGAAGGGUGCCAACCCCAACACCCAGACCCGAGAUACCGGUGUUGACCUCGCCUCCCAGUUCGGCUCCAUGGGGUUUGGCUCCACCCCUUCGGAAAUCACCACCUCCUCCUCAGCGGGGAGCUCCAACCCUUUCGGGGACAAUGGUUCCUUUGGUGGUGGUGGUGAUGGUGGAAGUUUUGGAGGAGGAGGAAGGGGAGGAGUAGUAGGAGUGCAGGAUGGAGAUAGUGGUCUCCUAGUGGCCUGCAAACAGACACCGCUUCACAUGGCAGUGGCCAACAGACAUGCUGAAGUUGUAGGUGUCUUCAUGGAACAUAGAACCCAAGCCCUUCAGUCGAGAGACGGUAUCCAGAUCAUCCCAGACUUCAACCUCCACGACUCCAACGACCAGACCGUCCUGGGCCUGGCCCUGUGGACCGGACUGCACAGCUUCGCGGCCCAGCUCCUCCACGCCGGGGCCAACAUCAACUACACAACGGGAGAUGGCCUGACCCUGCUCCACCUUGCCAUUCAGAAGCAGGAUACGUCCAGUGCUCUCUUUCUCCUGGAGCACCAGGCUGAUAUCAACAUCAAAACUAAAGAUGGAGAGAACCCCCUUCAGUUGGCGAUCAAGAGGCAUCUACCGGUGGUGGUGGAUGCCCUGUGCGUGAGAGGGGCAAACAUGAACACCCCCGACGAGAAUGGGAACCCACCCCUAUGGGUAGCCCUGGAGAGUGGGCAGGAAGACAUUGCCUCAACGCUGGUGCGGCAUGGUUGUGAUACAACGGCUUGGGGUACCGGUGAAGGAGGCAUGCAACAGACAUUACUCCAUAGAGCCAUUGAUGAUAACAACCAGACAGUCGCAUGUUUUCUUAUUAGGAGCAUGUGCGAUGUGAACAGUAGCAGAAGGCCUGGACCUAAUGGGGAGGGUCCAGAUGAGGCGUUUGACGGUCAGGGUCCCCUUCACCAUGCCUGUGAAUGGGGCCUGGAACAAGUGGUCCAGUGCCUUAUUGAACAUCAGGCUGAUAUCAACGCUAAGGAUGCCGAGGGUCGAACGCCUCUUCACAUCGCCAUCAGCAACCAACAUCCGACCAUCAUCAGUCUCAUCAUGUCCCAUCCAGUCCUGGAUCUGACGUUACGAGACAAGGGUGGUCUGACACCUUUCGCUGCUGCCCUUACCUUCAAGAACAACAAAGCCGCCCAGGCAAUACUCGACAGAGAACCGCGAGCAGCCGAACAGCUGGACAACAAAGGCAGAAACUUCCUCCAUGUUGCCGUUGAGAAGUCGGACAUCGAAAGCGUGUUGUUCCUGAUCAGCGUGCGGGCCAACGUCACUUCUCGCAUUCAAGACUCGUCUCAACUCACCCCACUUCACUUAGCAGUCCAGGCAGGUUCGGAGAUCAUCGUCAGGAACCUGCUAUUAGCAGGUGCAAGUGUGAUGGCCCUCAACAAUCACAAGCAGAACGGUCUGCACAUGGCUGCAACUAAAGACCAUUCUACCAUCUGCAGUAUCCUCAUCGAGAAUGGCAUCAACGUGGAUGCCAAAGAUGACAAUAACAACAGUGCUCUUCACAUAGCAGUGCAAUAUGGAAACCUGAAUAGUGCUCGGGUACUCCUUACUGAAUCAAGCAUCGAUGCCGAGGCAUUUAACACAAGGGGCCAGACACCCAUGCACCUGCUGGGGCAGUACGGGCGGGACAACGCGGCGGCCAUCUUUGACCUGUUCCGCGAGUGCAUGCCCCAGUACCCGCUGGACAAGCAGGACGCCGAGGGUAACACGGUGCUGCUGCUGGCCUACCAGAAGGGCAACGGGGCCAUCUGUAGGGCCAUCGUGCGGGCCGGGGCCAGCCUGGGGAUCAUGAACAAGCAGGGCGUGUCCAUCUUCAAUGCCCAGGUGGCCACCAGGCAACUGCUCUUCAGGCUUUUAGAUAUGUUAUCAAAGGAACCAGCCUGGUCAGAGAGCGAGCUCUGUCAAGAUUGCCAGGUCAAAUUCAGCAUUAAGACUAGGAAACACCACUGUCGUCACUGCGGUAGGAUCCUAUGCAGUAAGUGUUCUUCCAAGAUGGUUCCCAUCGUCAAGUACGAUCUCACCCGUCCGGUCAGGACCUGUGACAUGUGCUUCGACGUGCUCUCUUUGGGUGCCAUGUGAACGGUCUACCAGGUAGUCUGACCCUUGAUGGAGCAGGAACCAAUGGCUUCAUGCAACAGAGAAGUGCUCGAAGACCACACCCUGUGUGCCAAUCGUCCGCUUGUCCAGGAGGUGGGAGAGACUCUAAAGAAAGGGUCAACAGAGACUAUGAACUGUUGAGGGAAGUCAAGUGCUAUGAAGGAUAUGAACUAUGCUGGCAUACAAUUGUGUAAUUCAUCUCUUUUUUUUGUUGGUUCUUUAAGAAGCCAUCUUGAGACUCAAAUCAAUGUUACCUUAAUUACCUUGUUCUUACUCGGUCAAAUCCUGCCAGUGUUAUGCUUCUUUUGUUUUUGCUCUUGCAAUUGAUCAUGAUAUAUCGUGGAAGACUAUGAAAUGAAGGGAUGAUGUUCAUCGAUGGCUUUAGACAAUAUUUGAGUGUACUUUACACUGCCAGGGUCCUCACUUGGAUAACGUAAUAGCCUUUUCAUUAUUAUUAUGUUUGGGGGGAGGGGGAGGGGGGCUGAAGUAGUCCCAAAAGAUACAUGUUGCAUUAUCUUGGCUUUCGUCCAGUAUAACCUUGAGUCUCUUUCAUUCCAUAUCUUUAGCAAAUAUUUGUAUGAUUUUUUAAGACUAUGAGCCACGUUUUGAUUGUGUAAAGCAUUACUUGCCCAUCGUAUUGCCUAAUAUAUCUUCUUCCCCCUCCCCUAAUUUUUUUUUCUUCAAAAUUAUACAUUCUAAACUCAUUGUGAAGUGCAAGUUUGGCCCUCACGGAAUAUACAGAGUAUAUAUCCACACUUUCCUGUGGUAUCUCACGGCCCUGUUUCAUAAAAGUUAUUAUCAGUAACAAGUCACAAUAAUUGUUAUAAGCUACUGAAACCAUUGCAUUUGAUUGGCCUUGGGAAAAGCAAUUAUAGAAAUGUGACAUGUGUUGCUGAUAAAAAGUUUUGUGAAAGAGGGCCUGAUGGUGAUGGUCUUUCAAGCAUUGUAAUACAGCUGAUACUGCAUUCUCAAAUCAUCACAUUCAUUCUUAAAGGUACAGACCAGUUCUGGUCAUGCGAUUGCAUUGUGAAAGAAACGUUGUGGAAUUGACCAGAAAAGGUUGAUCAUCUAGCAUAUAGUAUUGGUUUGUACUGCAAGG